AUGACGGAAGAGAUCUCUGCUCGUUUCGAGGAGCUCGCAGCUCUUGAACAUGAGUUUGAGGAUGUUGAGGAAGAAAUCAUCCGCCAAGCUGAAGCUCUCCAAAGCCCUCUUUACCAAAAGCGCGCCGAAUUCAUUAAGAAGAUCCCGCAUUUCUGGUCGCUCGUCUUCGAGCAAGCGCCUCCCGAGAUUGACAACUUCUUUCAACCCACCGAUUCCAAGGUUUUCGCCGAGUGCCUCGAGACCUUCGAGGUGUCGCGAUUUGAGCUUAACGACCCCAAUGGCUCCCCACGCAGCUUCUCGUUCAAGUUCGGCUUCGCCGACAACGAAUACUUCGAAGACAAAGUGCUAGAGAAGAAGUUCUGGUUCAGGAAGACAAAGGACUGGCAGGGUCUUGUUUCCGAGCCUGUCAAGAUCAACUGGAAGAAGGGCAAGGACCUUACUGCCGGUCUAACAGACGCAGCAUACAAGCUUGGCGAGACAAGAAAGAAGAUAACAACAGACACUGCCAAGGGCGCCGCUUUUGAGAAGGAGGUCCUGACCGACGAAUACCAGGAUCUAGCAAAGAAGAUUGAAACAGCUACAGAUGCCUCAGUUAGCUUCUUUGGCCUCUUCGCUUUCGUAUCAGGCUACCGAUGGGUGAGUGCCGAAGAGUCUGCACAGGCUUCCAAGGAGGAGAAGGAAAGAUUUGAGAAGAUCAGGCGCGGUGAAAAGGUCGAUGACGAGGAUGAUGAGGAGGAGGAAAACCCGCGGGACUUUCAGGAGAUCGAGGUCUUCCCAGGCGGUGACGAGGUUGCUACUAUCAUCGCCGAAGAUAUGUGGCAAAACGCCAUCAAGUACUACAAGAGCACCUUCGACGAGGAAGAAGACGAUGAAGAUUUGUCGGAUCUCGAUGUUAUGGAUGCCAGUGACGAUGAUCAAGACGAUGACCAAGAACCAGUCGAUAUCCGCGCGUUGCUCCUCGCCAUUGACCAACGAUGGACUUUGCUGGAUCCCACAGUCCACUACAUCGGACGUACGACUAUCUUCUCGAGCAUUUGCUUGAGGGGUUCCAUGCACGCCGAGCUCAAAUUUCCGGGUAAUGUCCAUCUACCCAAGAGAAUGGUGCCUGAGAGGUCCAUGUCAGCGCGGAGAUCUAUGAAACUAUCCGGUAUGAUACGGAUAGGCCUUGUUGAGGUACUUCCCUUAAUCCGAAUCCUCAAAAUGGACCAACUACUGCCUCUAUUCGGCCUUUUGAUGCUCUUUACACCGGUUGGUGCUCAGAGCAAUGGAACAGCAACUAUUUCCUAUGCUUUGCCUGCGGGCUACACAACCGCAAGUUUCAACGCCUCUGCACAACCUACUGCCUAUAACCGCACCGAUUUCUCGCCCAAUGCACUUGCAAGUCUCUGGGAUAUGGUAGGGCCAAUUGUGACAGGCCCCAUCACCACCACCGUCACACCAACUCCAGAGCCAACGGCAUAUCCACAGCCAGAUCCCCAAUACUACCAUGCUUUGGUGGGUAGUGGAUACCCAGAAGCACAGGGCUUGAAGCUUCCCGAGAACUUUCAAUGGGGGUUCAGCUCGUCCGCGUAUCAGAUUGAGGGUGCGGCUAAGGAUCAGGGCAAAGGACCCAGUAUCUGGGACCUGUUGGCACACAGAGUCCCAAAUUUUGUGGCCGACAAUACGACUGGCGAUGUCGUUGAUCAGCACUACUAUCUAUACAAACAAGACUUUGCUAGAUUAGCAAGUCUGGGAGUUAAAGCUUUCAGUCCGAGUUUCUCAUGGCCGCGAUUCUUCCCGUUCGGCCACGGUCCAGUCAACGAAGAAGCCAUUGCGCACUACGAUGACGUGAUUGCUACUAUGCAUGAAAAUGGCAUUCACCCCGCUGUUACAUUGUUCCAUUGGGAUACCCCACUCGCCAUAUUCAACGAAUACGGUGCUUGGACCGACCGUCGGGUUAUCGAUGACUUCUUCAACUAUGCCAAGUUUGUCAUCACACGAUACGACGCCUACGUCGAUGAGUGGUUCACGAUCAACGAGCCUCAAUACUGCAACUGGCAAUAUGCAGGUUACCCAGCAGGCGAAUAUUACCCUGCACCGAAUGGCGUCACUGGUGGCAACGAAGCCCGCUUCCUGUGUGGUCAUCACACUCUGCUCGCGCACGCGAAGGUAUCCAAGUGGUACCAUGAAGAGUUCAAAGGUCGGGGCCGCAUCACCUUUAAGAACAGUGGGAACUAUUAUGAAGCCAACAGCACGAAGCCAGAAGACGAGGUCGCACGCCAACGAAACUUUGACUUUAGCAUUGGCUGGUUCGGCGGACCAUGGACAGAUGGUGACUAUCCACAGUCGCUUAAAGACACACUUGGCGACCUAUUACCAGAGUUCACACAGGAGGAGAAGGACAUGAUCAAAGGAUCGUGCGACUUUUACGCCAUUGACCCUUACUCGAGUUUCCUAGCUUUUGAGGUCGACGGCGGGCUAGAGUCGUGCACAAGCAACCGCUCACACCCGGCCUUCCCUGAUUGUGCUGGCUCAGCAAGUGUGGCCCCGAACGGCUUUCCCAUCGGUCCUGCCGCUGACCCAGCCAUGUCUUGGUUCUACUCGGCACCUGCAGGCGUCCGUCGGUAUCUAAAGCAUAUCACUCAGGUUCUCUUUCCUUCCAUUCCGGACAUUGUUGUCAGCGAAUUUGGUUUCGCGGAGCCUUUUGAGGGGCAAUGGUCAAACCUGAACUCGGCGCUCUGGGAUCUGAAAAGGGCAGACUACUUCCAGCAAUAUCUAGACAACAUCCUGCUAUCGAUACAUGAGGACGGUGUCAACGUGACAGGAGCAUGGGGGUGGUCGAUUUUGGAUAAUUUUGAGUGGGCGCUUGGUACGUCGGUUAGGUUCGGAGUGCAGUACGUGAACUACACGAGUCUGGAAAGGACGCCCAAAGCCAGUCUGUUCCAGUUCCUGAACUGGUUCAAAGAGCACGAGGCGGCGUUCGUCCUGGCAGACGAAACCGCCCCAAACUCUCCCUCCCCAAUCGCCUCCGACCGCCCAUCCACCCCGAACUCCCCCGCUUCAUCUUCCCCCAUAAUCUCUGCCCCUCCCAACCAAGCCGCGCCCUCCACUCGAUCCUCGUACCAAGCCCACGCCACCACUAUCCCGUCCGAACACACUACAGCCGGGAAGCGCAGGCACAGCUUCUCUGGUAGCGACGAAGCCGAAGAAGAGCCUCUGACAAGCGGACCCAGAGGCAGCUUAUCCCGUCACAUCUCGAAGCGCAGGCGCAGACAAGACGGGAAGAUGCGCCUGGAUAACGACCACUCCAAAUCAUCACAAUCACCAUCGCGCAACUUUGCAAACGGAUCGUCGCAGGCAUCAGCGCCCAGGUCUCCCCUGGCCAAGGGUACGAAUGGAAGUACGCAUAGCAGAAACGAGAGCAAUGGCUCGUACACGAAUGGAGGGCCGGUAGCAAACGGGGGAACGGUACCUGCCACUUUCUUCGGCCAUGACAGGGAAGAAGUGACGCGGAUACUGAUACAGAGCCUCACCGACUUGGGCUAUCACAGUGCUGCGGGCGCAUUGUGCAAGGAGAGCGGCUUCCAGCUCGAAGGGCCGACGGUCGCGGCAUUUCGAACCUCCGUGCUGAACGGCGAUUGGGAAGAGGCCGAGGAGCUGCUGUUCGGGUCAAGUACAUUUGAUUCUGGGGGAGGAGUUGGUCUGGACCCGCCUUACGGAAAGCCAUGGGGCAAAUCAAGAUCACGCCCAAAUUCGCAGCGUUCUGCAGGCUUGACCCUAGCCGAGGGCGCAAAUCGCGAAGUCAUGCUGUUCUGUUUGAAACAGCAAAAGUAUCUCGAGUUACUUGAGCAGAGAGACCUAAGCAAAGCGCUUGCGGUACUUCGACAAGAGCUGACACCGCUUCAUCAAGAUGUAGGGAGGUUACAUGCGCUUUCAGCACUUAUGAUGUGCCAGUCUGCCGAAGACCUCAGGAACCAGGCUCAAUGGGACGGCGCUCAUGGCGACUCGCGGAUGCAUCUGCUUUCUGAUCUCUCAAGAUCAAUAUCACCCAGCAUUAUGAUUCCCGAACACCGCUUAUCUGUUCUGUUAGACGAGGUAAAGGACAGCUGGAUUGCAAACUGUCUCUAUCACAACACGGCCGCGUCACCUUCUCUCUACCUGGACCAUAACUGCGAAAGAGACGAUUUUCCAACGAAGGCUGUACUUGACUUGAGGCACCACAAGGAUGAGGUAUGGUUUCUGCAGUACUCAAAUGACGGCACGAAACUCGCCUCAUCAAGCAAGGACAAGACAAUCAUCAUCUACGAAACCAAUACUUACAAGGUGCUACAUCAGCUCGACGAACACCAGGAAUCCGGCAUCGCAUACCUUGCCUGGAGUCCUGAUGACACAAAGAUCAUAACAUGCUGUUCGCAACCAGAGAACUCUGCACGGAUAUGGGACGUCAAAACUGGCAUGUGCAUACAAUGCAUCAGUGACUUUACCUACCCGUGCACUACAGCAGCUUGGGACCCUUCCGGCUCACGGGUCAUCAUCGGAUCACAGGAUGACAGUAUGGGUUGUGGAGUCUGGAAUCUCGAUGGCCAACUCAAACACAACUUUUGCGAUGACGGAAAGCUCCGUGUCAACGACCUUGCAGUUUCCGCCGACGGACAGCGAUUAGUCGUCAUAACUGAAAGCUCUAUUGUCGUGUUCGACUUCGCAAGUUACGAAAAGAUCGCCGAGUUUCAGCUCGAUGAUACCAAGUUGACAAGCGUCACCAUCAGCCAGGAUUCGCGACAUAUGCUAGUCAGCAUGAGCCCCAAUCAGAUUAAGCUUAUGGAGAUCGACACCGGUGAUGUGAUACAACGCUUCGAGGCCCAUGUCCAGAAGCAGUUCAUCAUCCGAUCAGUAUUUGGUGGCGCUGACGAGAACUUUGUAGUUAGCGGCAGCGAAGAUUCGCGGAUAUACAUAUGGCGUUCCAAUGGCCUUCUCAUUGAAGCUCUUGAUGCACAUCCCGGCUGCGUCAAUAGCGUAGCUUGGCACCCCAAGGAUCCCACGACAUUCGCCUCCGCUGGUGAUGACCAUCGAGUAAAGAUCUGGAAACCAGUUUCAGCGUCCCCUAUGCCGUCAGGCAGUGGCUCAAGUAACGGUUACGGAAGGUAG